AUGGCCAGCGAUGAAUUUAGACUGGUGUCACCCCAAGUAGACAACGAAGGAAGAUUACCAAGAAAGUACACAGCUGAAGGCCAAGGUGCCCAGAAGCACAUAUCUCCGCCCUUGGAGUGGUACAACGUCCCAGAUGGAACCAAAACUCUGGCCCUUGUGGUUCAGGACAUCGACGCCCCCGAUCCCAAAGACCCUAUUGUGCCGUGGGUCCAUUGGGUGGUGGUCAACAUUCCACCGACCCUGAAGGGCCUGCCAGAGGGGUUCUCGGGGAAGGAGGAGGUCUACAGCGGCGAUUAUGCUGGGAUUAAGGAAGGGUACAACGAUUUCAAGCUGCCUGGGUGGCGCGGCACCAAGCUGUCGAGCCAUGGGCACAGGUUCGAGUUCAAGCUCUAUGCUUUGGAUGAGGAAGUGAAGCUUGGAAACAAGGUUACGAAGGAUAAGCUAUUGGAUGCGAAACAAGGGCAUAUUUUGGGAGAAGCCGUCUUGAUUGCUAUUUUCUAGCUAUUGAGUUUUUCUAUAUGCUUUGAUUUUGUGUGGUUUUUUGAGGUGUGAUAUUAAUGCGAUUUUAUAAAAAUUUGAAGUUCCAA